CCGGACGGCGCUGGGCAUCUGUAGGCUCUCAGAUGCCCCCAGAUUCCUCUCAGAUGCCCCCAGAUUCCUCUCCGGGGCGACUGGAAGGAGGGACUCUGCGAGACGGGGGAGGGCGUGCGGGCUUCGAAUCCUGUCUGCUCGCUCAGGCUGUGGGGCUGGGUCUCAGUUUCCGCACGUGGGAAGAGGGCGCCCUCCCAGGCCUUCUGAACGACGUUAGCGGGGGACUCGAGCCCCCGGAUCCUCCGAGUCACCGGGCGCGCACACAGCGCUUACCUGCGAGCCUCAGACUUGAGUCGCUGCCUCCUUCCAGCCGUGGGGCCUGGCCGGGCCCCGGCCAGACUGUCCCUGGGGCUCCAGGAGGGCGGGGCCAGGGCAGCGCUAGGCGGGGCCGGGCCAGGGGGCGGGGCCGGGGGCCGGGAUUCCUAGGAGACCGCGGCAGUGCCGCGAGCCGCGGCGCGCGGACUCGGACCCGGACCCAGCCGGGUGCGGAGGCGGCAGAGCGCCAAGACGACUGAGAGAUGACGGCUGGGAGCCCCGGAGACUGCGGGGAGGUGCGGAGGAGCCCCGAGGGCCGCGUCUCCCGCCUGGGCCGCCGCCUGGGCCGCCGCCGGCGCCCGCGCUCCCCGCCCGAGCCCCUGCGGGUGCGGGCGCGGCUGCGGCUGCGAUCGCCGUCGGGGGCGUUCGCGGCGCUGGGGGCGCUCGUGGUCCUGGUGGGCAUGGGCAUCGCAGUGGCCGGCUACUGGCCGCACCGCGCCGGGGUCCCGGGACCCCGGGCUGCAAACGCCAGCGCGCCCCCCCUGAGCGAGCUGCGGCGCGAGGGUCGGGGCGCCGGCCGGGCCCACGGCCCGCACGAGCGGCUGCGACUCCUUGGGCCCGUGGUCAUGGGCGUAGGCCUGUUCGUGUUCAUCUGCGCCAACACGCUGCUCUACGAGAACCGAGACUUGGAGACUCGACGGCUUCGUCAGGGGGUGCUGCGGGCUCAGGCGCUCCGACCCCCGGACGGCCCGGGCUGGGACUGCGCUCUCCUCCCCAGCCCCGGCCCCAGGACUCCCCGAGCCAUAGGCUGCGUGGAGCCAGAAAGCUGGGACCUGUCCCCGUGUCGGGGUACCUCACCAGUCCCAUCAGUGCGGAGUCUGCGUUCAGAGCCUGCUAAUCCUCGCUUGGGGUUACCUGCCCUGCUCAACAGUUACCCGCUGAAGGGCCCAGGGCUGCACCCACCCUGGGGUCCACGGACCCAGACUGGCCAUGUGAUUAUCACCGUGCAGCCCUCUGGUUCCUGCAUUGAACAUUCCAAGUCUCUGGAUCUGGGCCUUGGGGAGCUCCUGCUUAGGGCCCCAGCAGCUCGGGACUGUGCUCACCGAAGCUGGCCACGGCUGGACCGCCUUAGUCUGGGGGGUUACGCCAAGUUGGGAGGAGGAGGGGACUUGGGGGCCCGGGUCUGAGGAGCAGGGGACAGCCUGCUAUGAGGCUGCAGCAUGGACCAUGGUACCGGACUAGGAUGGGAGUCCCAAUGUCUAGUAGAUGCUUCAGUCACAUCCCAGACUGGGGACGGAUGCUCUGGCCCCAGCAGCUGCUAAGGCAUCCUGACUUGCAUGUCAGCAGAGAAAUGCCAGCUGCACAAGGGUUCAAAAAGCCGGAGAGAAUGUGUUUUAACGUGGAAUCUGGAGACCAGCAUGACUCAGCCUUAGGAAUUCCUUCAGCCUCCAAAAGUGGCCUUAGCCCUGGACAGGUACCUGAGGGGACUGGAGGUCCAGGCCAGGGUGAUUGGGAGAUGUAUCUGGUGUCUUGGCAAACCCAAAGUGGUGGGCAAGGACCCUAAGACUUGGAAGGUAGGUUGUGAUGUUACAGGCUGGGACAGGCUCCCUCCAAGGUGGCACUAGUGAUAGGGUUUGCGCCUCUGGGAAGACAGGCAAUGGGGUGGAGCUGAGAUGUUCCACCGCCAUCUGGGAUGGAGACUGAGCCUUUAAUUCCUACCACGUCAAGCCCUCCCCCCCUCAGCCAUGCAGGGUAUAUCCCACGAGGGCUACACUACUGCCAGUGCCUUCAUACUGAGGGUCUGGCCCCUCCCUUAAAGAGGUCUGAGAAGCCCCCUUUCUCUCCUUUGUCGUGGCCUGUGCCACAAAAUUUCCCUCCAGUUGGCAAAAAGCAUAUGCCGGUUCCCAGAAAUCCUUUUAUAUGUUGAAACUGCAUUUUGGUCAAUGUGGACACCUUUAGAAAAUGGCUUGGAUUUGGGUCUUCCUGUCGCACGUUUAAUUUUUCCCAAGUUGCCGGUAAGAGAAGAGAACUUUAAAAGUUGAUCAAUCUUCACAGAGUCCUUUUUUUUUUUAAGUUUAUUGAAAAAUGCAAUACAAGAAGAAGCAAGACCAAACAGUAUCUAAACACUACCACCACUUCUCUAACUACAAAAGGCCAAAACGGCAGACCUAAUUAUUGCCUAUUUAAUCUAAGGAUUUUGCCAAUUUGAUUCGGCUGGCAUAGUUCCUAUUUUGUCAAGAAAUGUAAACAACUACUUGAUAUGAUUCAUAAUUUUUUUUUUUUAAUUUACAAAGCUCCUUCAUUUUUGUCACCAAAAUAAAACAUUUGAGAGAGAUCUGUAAAACCAACCAGCCUGGGGCUAAGAUCCUGGACAGGUAUUUCCCACGAGCCUUCCUUGGUGUUGGUCAGGCCAUAGCCCUGGCUCCAUUUCCCGAGGUGGACUGUUUGCUUCCUCACCCUCAGCUGCCCCGCAACACACGGUGGGGGGCUGGGGGCGGGCAGAGGCCCUGACAGGUCCCUGCAGCCAGGCUCUGUGGGCCCUCAGCGGAUAAAUUCAGGUCCUGCUUUGUGGGUGGGUUGGGUAGGUGGGUGGCAGAGACCUCAUGUGGCUUGGAAGAAAUCUUUGUUGCUGAAGUGAGAUAAAAAUAAAAUUGCAGUGAGAGUU